AUGAAGAGUCUGCUGAGGAAUGAAGCCUUGGCUAUCUCAGCUCUGCAGAAGCUCCCCACGGAGCUCUUCCCGUCCCUGUUCAAGGAGGUCUUCAAGAGCAGACAUAUGAAGAUACUGACAGUGAUGGUGGCAGAAUGGCCCUUUGCUUCCUUGCCUGUGGGGGCAAUGAUGAAGGUUCCAGAUGUGGUGAUAUUGCAAGCAGUACUGGAUGGUGUAGACAUACUCUUGAUGCAGAAAGUUGACCACAGAAGGUCGAAGCUUCGAGUGCUGGACCUGAGGAAUGUGCACAAUGUCUUCUGGGAUGUAUGUCCUGGAAUAGAAGGUGUAGACUGCUCAAAAGGUACAUUGAGUAAAGAACAAACAGAGAAUGGCCUUCCUAGAUAUGACCUAAGAUGGUUUUUGAAGGUGGUCACUGAUUUUGAACUAAGAGAUCACCUGGAUGAACAGCAAGCAUUCUUGUUGCAGUGGGCCCAGCAGCGAAAAGGUUCAAUACAUCUGUGCUGUAUGAAGAUGACAAUCUGUGCAACUCCCGUGCAUAUUAUCAAGAUGGUUUUGGACACUUUCCAGCCAUACUGCAUUGAGGAACUGGAACUAUCCACGGUCUGGACUCCAGUUGCACUGAGUCGUUUUGCAUGUUGCUUUGGCCAGAUGAGAAAUUUGCACAAACUCCAUCUAUCAUGCAUUUACAUUGACACCAAGGAUGUAAAUACCUCAGAAGACAAAGAGAAGAAGUAUUCUGCUAGGUUCAUUUCUCAAAUUUCGAAACUGAACUACCUCCAGCAUCUCUACAUCAAUGGUUUCUACUUUUCCAGUGAGCAUAUGAAACAGUUGUUCAGAUGCCUGAGGAGCCGCUUGCAGUCUCUGUCCAUUGAUCUCUAUGAGUUCUCCCAGUCAGACUUGCAACACCUGUCUCAGUGUAAGUGGCUUUUUCAGUUGAAGCACCUGAACUUCUGUGGUGUAACAUUAAUGAACUUAUGUCCCACACCUCUCCAAUUUCUCCUCAAGAAUGUAACAGACACUCUUCAUACUCUGGAGUUAGAGAAUUGCAGUAUCAGAGACUCUCAGCUCUGUGCCCUCCUGCCGGCUCUGAGCCAGUGCCUCCAUCUAACCAGGGUCAAUUUCACUGACAAUGAUAUAUCCACAUCUGUCCUGAAGGACCUUCUGCAAAGCUUGGGCAAUCUAAGCAAGUUAACUGAGGAGUUGUAUCCUGCCCCACUAGAGUGUUAUGAUGACCUGGGUCAUUUCCUAGUCAGCAAAUUUGCCAAAGUGUGUCCUGAUUUCCUGGAUACAGUCAGAGCCAAGAGAGAGCCCAAAACAAUCUCCUUUUCUUCACACAGUUGUCUCAAAUGUUUCCAGCGCUGUGUCUUUGACAAUAAGGCCAGACUUUGUCCUUGUUUGUCAUAA